AGAGCAUUCCUUGCUGCGCCCGGUCUGGCUUCGUCGAUCAAGGCUCUACAGCAGCGACUCCGUCUCUGGCAGCAUGUCUGAGAAACGGCAGGGAUCGGACACCCAAGCCCGGCGGGGCCCUGACACCUUCAAGGAGAGCUCCUUUACAGGCCUUGGAGUUUGUGGAUGGCUUUUGGUGUUUGUCUCAUUAUUGUUCACACUCAUAACUUUUCCAAUAUCGAUAUGGCUGUGCAUAAAGAUCAUAAAAGAAUAUGAAAGAGCCAUCAUCUUUAGAUUGGGUCGCAUUUUACAAGGAGGAGCCAAAGGACCUGGUUUGUUUUUUAUUCUGCCAUGCACUGACAACUUCAUCAAAGUGGACAUGCGAACUAUUUCAUUUGAUAUUCCUCCUCAGGAGAUCCUCACUAAGGAUUCCGUGACAAUUAGUGUGGAUGGUGUGGUCUAUUACCGUGUCCAGAAUGCAACCCUGGCCGUGGCAAACAUCACCAAUGCCGACUCAGCAACCCGCCUGUUGGCACAAACUACUCUGAGGAAUGUCCUGGGCACCAAGAACCUUUCUGAGAUCCUCUCUGACAGAGAAGAAAUUGCUCACAACAUGCAGACCACCCUGGAUGAUGCCACCGAUGACUGGGGGAUCAAGGUGGAGCGCGUGGAAAUUAAGGACGUGAAACUGCCUGUGCAGCUCCAGAGGGCUAUGGCUGCAGAAGCGGAAGCCUCCCGGGAGGCCCGAGCAAAGGUCAUUGCAGCCGAGGGGGAAAUGAAUGCAUCCAGGGCUCUGAAAGAAGCCUCCAUGGUCAUCACUGAAUCUCCUGCGGCCCUGCAGCUCCGGUACCUCCAGACACUGACCACCAUUGCUGCUGAGAAAAACUCCACAAUUGUCUUCCCUCUGCCCAUAGAUAUGUUGCAAGGCAUGAUGAAGGCAAACCACUGAGGCCCUCGUUGGAACCAGGCCAAAGGAAACCACCACCUGACGCCCUUGGCUGGACAGAUGCUUUGCCGAAAACAGUGACCUUAGGCUACAACCAGCUUCUCUGGGCCAAGUGUGCCUUACUUCCGGGGAAUCUUACUUCACAAAAAUUUCCUAACAUCUGUUUACUGUAAACCCAAACCAUGUUUCAAAAUAAUCUUUACUUGGGACUAGGCAUUUUCUUGUCAGCACUGGAGGAAGGCAAGGUCAAUGAAAAUGAUUACCCUAACUUGGAAGACUUUUAAAUCCACUAUUAUAGAGAUUCUUUUAAAACAACGUGGUAGGUCUUAUUUUUAACUAGAGUCUCUUUAUGAGUCAGUGAUUCCUCUGUGGUGUGUUAUGCAAAUCAGCUAAAUACUGGUCACACAAGUGCUUUUUUCUCACUUUUGCCUAUUUUCAUACAACAGGUUCUAAAUAGUUUUGAUUUUUUUAAAUAAAGCUUUCUGAGUUCUAUAAACACUUGUUUUUAUAGUCAUUUGAAUAGCUUAAGAACUAAUACUUUUUUAAAAAAUAUCUUCAGAAGGCCAUUAUAUUUUUCGGUCUGCGUGCUAUUAACUAUUGUAUACUGUGAAAUAUAUUGGUUACAGAUCCCAUUCAUUAAGUAGUAUAGAGAACUCACAAUAUAUUAUACAUACAAUCCAAUGAUCUUGGAAAGAUGCUGUCAAACUUAAGAGUAUCUAUAAUAAACAGACGUGGAUCUUUUUUAUUUGUCUCA